AUUUUCAGGAAGGUUGCAGAACACUUGCGUCAGUAACUGCGCACGUCUUUCUAGAAAGGUGAUCGACAACCGCUGCUCUCGACACCAGAGAAUAAAACACUGCGUGGCCAGAAAAUACAUAUAUAAUAAAUAAACACCUGGAUUUAACUAAACAAAUAGGCAGUGUAUCGUGUAACCAUGUUGGUGGCGAGGCUGACAUGUCUGAGGAGUCUCCCGCUCGUCGGGCUACGUCCUGUGCUGACACAUGGCUCCCCAGCCCUGAGGACACCCACCAUGAAGGCCUGUUCACCCCUGCUCAGGCCCCAACAGGGUUAUUCCUCUAAGGCCAGAUUUGGUUUCCGCCGUGCCAAGACUGCCAGAGAACAGCUCAAAGAAGCAGCUUUUGAGCCAGCAACAGACACGGCCAUGAAAAUCGACAGCAUGGGAAGAAUGAUUCUGGCUGGAGGUGCAGUAGUUGGACUUGGAGCUCUGUGUUACUACGGGCUUGGCAUGUCCAAUAAUAUCGGUGCCAUUGAGAAAGCAAUGAUCUGGCCUCAGUACGUGAAGGACAGAAUCCACUCCACCUACAUGUACUUUGCAGGCAGUGUUGGACUGACGGCUCUGUCCGCUGUAGCUGUGAGCAGAACUCCAGCACUUAUGGGUCUGAUGAUGAGAGGAUCCUGGCUGGCAAUUGGAGCAACUUUUGCUGCUAUGAUUGGUGCCGGGAUGCUGGUUAGGUCCAUUUCUUACGAGCACAGUCCAGUUCCCAAACACCUUGCUUGGAUGCUUCAUGCAGGUGUGAUGGGUGCAGUCAUCGCCCCCCUUACUCUUCUGGGAGGGCCCCUGAUGAUGAGGGCCGCCUGGUACACAGCUGGCAUCGUGGGAGGUCUCUCCACUGUGGCCAUGUGUGCCCCAAGUGAGAAGUUCCUCAACAUGGGAGGGCCCCUGGCUGUCGGCUUUGGAGUGGUGUUUGCCUCUUCUAUUGGAUCGAUGUUCCUGCCGCCGUCCUCAGCGUUCGGAGCAGGCCUCUACUCGAUCGCCGUCUACGGAGGCCUGGUCCUGUUCAGCAUGUUCCUCCUCUAUGACACGCAGAAGGUCAUCAAGAAGGCGGAGACGCACCCCGUCUACGCUGCCCAGAAAUUCGACCCCAUCAACGCGUGCAUGGGGAUUUACAUGGACACGCUGAACAUCUUCAUGAGGCUGGUGAUGAUUCUGGCCAACGGCGGCGGCGGCAGAAGGAAGUAAACCUGUAACUUCAGCAUCAGUUUUACUCCCCACAGAGCUGAUGUUAUGUUCCCAGCGGCAUACACCAGGUGUUAUCUUUUAGUGACAAUUCUUAUGUAACUGGUAGAUCAACAUCAGGGUUUUUGCAAGUGUGCGAAGAUGAGGAUUGCACUGUGUGGUGCAUGCUGCCAGUAAAGAAGACAGAUUUGUUGUACGUUGAUAACGCACUGAGACGGAGCUCUUACCUUAUGAUUUUUUUGAAGCAUAUGGUUCAUCCUGGGUCACAAAUGAGUUCAUUCUGUCUGUUGGUGUCAGUUUGCUUGCCUCCAGGUGUUAUUAUUAUUUGUGUUUUCUAUUUAUUUCCACUCGCGCUCUCCGCUUGAGAAAUCAGAAAUGUAAUAAAAAAAAAAUGCCUCAAACGUGAAUCACACAGUAGAUCGGUCUAUAUUAGCAGUACAAUAAAUUCUGUGUGUACUUGCUUAAAAGAAUCACUCACAUUGUACUUCUGUGAUGGCUUGAAGAGACUGAUAUUGAUUCAUAUCUAUGUGAUGCAGUCAUUUCAACGAUGGAAGCACUUAAUAAAAAAAGGUUCCUGUUGGAAAUACA